CCUUUGCAAAGUGCAGUGUCUUUGUCUAGAUAUGACAAUAAUUUGACUGCCAUCGGUACAUGGAAACAAAAGUCUUCCAUUCGUACCGAAAGAACACUGAUGCCACGACUGCUAGCAACACCGCUGUGACCAAUGCGAGCAGAAAUCAUAUAAAGUGGACGCCAAAACAAAAGAGCACUGCAAACUAUUGCUUCCUUCUCAAAUCAAAAGCCUCGCAGAAUUUGACUGGCGCAGGUCCUUCAACGCGGCCUUUGAGAAGUAAUUCACUGUCCUCCUUAGCUCGUUAGAGUAACAUUAGUUAUGAUACCGAUACUUAUACAUAUUGCUAGUCGCACCUUAAUGGCGGUGACAAGGGCGGCGUAGGGGCCAGUUGACUUGAGUUCAGGCAUAGGCCUGCCUCCAUUCAUCAUACCCGAAAACGAGUGAUUCGUUGAUCUUCACUACGCUGUGCAUACUCAUUGGAGGCCUCAGCAGCGCUG